UUUUCAAAGUGGGGGGCCGCCAGGGGGCACCCAGGGGGCCUCAACAAUUUGGUGUGAAAAAUAAAUUCUCACUCUCAGACAACCACACACACACACACACACACACACACACACACACACACACUCAAUUCCUAUUGUAAUAUAAUGUAAAGAUGUAAGAUGUAAUUAUUAAUAAAAAAAGGGGGAUAUAUUCACAAGUCUGUAUUUUUAAUGUGUUUUAAAGACACCUUGCAAAAGGGGGGCCUCGGUCAAAUGUUAAUGCUAUUUGGUGGGCCUUGCCCUGGAAAAGUUUGGGGACCCCUGAUCUAAUGUACUCUUACUCAAUUUAAACACCGGGGUCACCAUUCAUAUUUGUGCACACAAAAUCAAGCAUAUCUCUUGAAAAUUAAGUGUACAAUGACAUUAUAUAUCAUAUCUCAUUAUCAUUUAUAUCCACAGAGAGGAUGACUUCAAAUACUCAUUGCAUACUUUUCCUCCCCAGAAAAGACCCGACACAAUCAGUAGUUUUACUGUACUAUCAGUAUUUCAUCCUUCAGAGAGAACUCGCUGUUUAAAAGGUAAGAAAAAUCCACAGUUUAUUAGUCUAGGCUCUAACAGACAAACUGUCGCUGAUUGUGCGAUAUGCAACAAGCCUACUACUGCAAAGAAAAGAAGGCAUUAGAAUUGCAACUACAUAUCCCAUGCGGCACCGCGGAAUUCUUCCUGUCACGUGUGCCAGAAGAAACAUGGCAGCUGUCUGGCAUAGCAACAUCUGAUUCGCUGUUUGAAAUAUAUUCUUGUUGUAACGCCGCUUAUUGUAGUUUUAUUUAUUUUUUUUUGCAACUGACGUUCAACUGCGUUAAGAUGCAGAAAAUUAAAUCUUUAAUGUCCCGACAGGGCUUGAAAAGCCCUCAGGAGAGUAUGGCGGAUAUGAGUCCCGUGGAGAGCUUCAGGGUCCCGAGCAAGGAGGAGCUGAGAGAGCUGAGGGAGCAGCCUAUUGAUCCGCAGGCUGAGCAGGAGAUCAUUGACAGCAUAGAGGAGGUGUACUACUCCAACGACUCCACUGACAUGGUGCAGUACGAACUUGAGAAACUUCCCCCCGAUCUGAACCUGCAGGAGCUGGAAGAGUACAGAGAUAAGCUGAAGAGACAGCAAGCAGCUGUUUCAAAAAAAGUUGCUGAUCUUAUUCUAGAGAAACAGCCAUCCUAUGUUAAGGAACUGGAGCGAGUAACAUCCCUGCAAACCACACUGCAACUGGCUGCUGUUAUCUGCACCAAUGCUCGGAGGCAGCUUGGUUUUGCUAAAGAAGGCUUCACCGAAGCAAGUCUUGGACUCCUGGCCAACCAGAGACGCAGGCAGCUGUUGACAGGAUUGUUAAAGUCUUUAAGGACCAUAAAGACAUUGCAAAGGACAGAUGUCAGACUGAGUGAGAUGCUGGAGGAGGAGGACUAUCCAGGUGCAAUCCAGUUGUGUUUGGAAUGUCAGAAGGCUGCCAGCACUUUCAAGCACUACAGCUGCAUAAGUGAGUUGCACUCAAAGCUGCAAGACACACUGGAACAAAUCGAGGAGCAGCUGGAUGUAGCGCUGUCGAAAACCUGCAAGCACUUUGACGUCGCUCACUACACCAGAGUUCAGCUUGCGUACUCGCUAUUGGGCAAGACACAGACGGCGAUGGAUCAGCUUCACAUGCACUUCACCCAGGCCAUUCACAACACCGUGUUCCAGGUGGUGCUGGGAUAUGUGGAGCUGUGUGCCGGCAAUGCCGACACCAAAUUCCAGAAGAUGCAGUAUAAGGAUCUGUGCACGCACAUCACUCCAGACAGCUACAUCCCCUGCCUGACUGACCUGUGCAAAGCAUUGUGGGAGGUGAUGCUCAGUUACUACCGAACCAUGCAGUGGCAUGAGGAGCAUGACAAAGAGGAGGUGAAGGAUGCUGAAACAGAUGGUACUAGCGCCGAAGGCUCAGAGGAAUCUACAGUGGGCCACAGCUAUGUGAAGAAAAAGCUUGAACACGGCCUGAGCCGGAUUUGGCAGGACGUCCAGCUGAAAGUGAAAGCCUAUUUACUGGGGACGGACAUGUCCAACUUCAAGUACGAUGACUUCAUCGUGGUGCUGGACGUUAUUAGCAGGCUAAUGCAGGUGGGAGAGGAGUUCUGUGGCAGCAAGUCUGAGGUGCUACAGGAGUCAAUUAAGAGACAGAGUGUGAACUACUUUAAGAACUAUCACAGAACACGCCUGGAGGAGUUGCGCAUGUUUCUGGAGAAUGAAACAUGGGAGUUGUGUCCCGUGAAGUCCAACUUCAGUAUCACUCAGCUUCACGAGUUUAAGUUCAUGGGCCAGUGUCGUUCGCCAUCGGUGUCCCCAAGCAGGCAGCCAACCUCUAGUGACCCUGAGGAGCUGUGUCUCUUUGAGCAGUAUAUUCUGGGAGGAAACCCUUUUGAGAUGCAGAUCGACAAUAAAGAAGAGGAGAGUGAGGAUGUCCUGGCGUCCAAUGGGUACGAGUCCGAAGAGCUGGAGAAGUGCGUGUAUCAAGACUACGACAGCGACAGUGACGUGGCAGACGAACUGAAGCAGGACUUUGUGGAUGAGCAGACUGGAGACGUACCCAACAAGGGUGUGUCCAGAGAGACUCUGCGCAGCAGAAAAAGAUCAGACUACAACCUUAACAAAGUCAACGCCCCCAUUCUGACCAACACCACUCUUAACGUGAUCCGUCUGGUCGGCAAAUACAUGCAGAUGAUGAACAUUUUAAAACCCAUCGCCUUCGACGUCAUCCACUGCGUGUCACAGCUGUUCGACUACUACCUGUACUCCGUGUACACCUUCUUCGGCCGGAACGACAUGUAUGAAUCAUCCGGACUGGGGCUGAUUAGCAGUAGACUGAGGACGACACUCAACCGCAUCCAAGAGAGUCUCAUAGACAUGGAGGCAGGAGGAGAGAAUGUAGCCACCCAUGGACCCUCUGAGGACCGAAAGGAGAAGGUGCCCAGCCCUCACCUGAGCCAGCUGGUGAUUCUGACGGCCAGUGGCACGCUGUAUGGGCUAGCAGAGCGCGUAGUCGCCACAGAGUCACUUGUGUUCCUGGCUGAACAGUUUGAGCUACUCCAGCCUCAUCUGGACACCAUGAUGCCUCCAGCCAAGAAGCCUUUCCUGCAGCAGUUCUACUCCCAGACGGUGUCCACAGCCAGUGAGCUACGCAAGCCCACUUACUGGAUAGUGGCAGCUAAAGCCAUUGAUUAUGAGCAGAUGCUGCUGCUAAUGGCUGGAGUGAAAUGGGACAUUAAAGAGAUAAUGUCGCAGCACAACGUCUAUGUGGAUGUUCUUUUAAAGGAAUUUGAGGAGUUCAAUAAAAGGCUUGGUGAUGUUUCCAAACAAGUGCGGAUCCCCCUGCCUGUUUCAAACGUUCUCUGGGAGCACUGCAUCCGUCUGGCUAACCGAACACUAGUGGAGGGCUAUGCUAAUGUAAAGAAGUGUAGUAACGAGGGCCGGGCACUGAUGCAGCUGGACUUCCAGCAGUUCCUCAUGAAGCUGGAGAAGCUCACCGACCUCAGACCUAUUCCUGAUAAGGAGUUUGUUGAGACCUACAUUAAAGCCUACUACCUGACUGAGAAUGACAUGGAGCAGUUUAUUAAGAACCACAGGGAAUACUCCAUGAAGCAGCUGGCCAACCUGGUCAACGUCUGCCUCGGCUCCCACAUCAACAAAAAGGCCAGACAGAAACUCCUCGCAGCUAUUGAUGACAUUGACCGACCGAAAAGAUAAGCAACAGCAGACCACCCACGCUGAAAGCACCAUCACAAUGGAAAUCUGCUACAACUACAACGUUAUUAGUUUGCAGCAUUUCACUCCUGACAUACGUUUGCUGCCUCUGUACAUUUCCGUGUGAAUGUAAGUCAUUCACAGUCAUACUGUUUAUGAAGAGCUCUUUAAUGUUAGUGCACAUCAGUAUCAGUUAGGUGAAUGUGUUAAAGAGUAAUGCUUAAAAUGAACGGAUCCCCUGGGCAAAUCUUAAAAAUGGAUGAUUUGCAAAGCUGCCCAGCAAUAAUAUGGUUUACUCUUGAGAAAUUUCUGCGAGCUGAAACACUCCAUCUAUAGAUGUAGGUCUGUUCUAUCAGAUACGCUACAUGUAAAUUUUAGAACUGGUAAUGAAGCAUUUUCAUCUGCUAAUGGGGAAACGUUUUCGUCAUGUGGUCUUAAUGUCUGUUUCUUUGACCCUGCUACACCAAGUUACUGAAUGUUCUCUGCUUGUUCCUUUAAAAAAAAAAUACUGAUUUUAUUAUUUAUACCAAUUAUAUGUAUGGCCAUGGCUGAUUGAUAGAUUAAGACAUUUUGAUUGGGGGUGGGGGUUAAAACACUCGCUUGAAGAAAUUUGCGUGCAAUUUGUGACAUUGUUUAUACGGUAUAUGUGAAUGUCAAAGCACCAUCCUAUUUAUUCCAGCUACUGGGUGUUACAGCAUUCAUAAAAACCGAGUCAGAGUAUAAAAACUGUUGGUGUGUAGUUGUCUGAACCAGAAUAUUACUUUAUGCGUAUUAUUACUUUACUGUAACAAGAUGAAAUCCAAGGCCCCAAAAUAAAUACACUAACAUUA